AUGGAGAAUAACAUACCAAGCCACCUCUCAAACCCUUCACUUCCCUCCACAUCCUCUAUCUCCUCAUCCUCACCUAGCACCUCACUCGCACCUAUCGGUGCCAAUCCCCUCCUCCAAACCUCACUCCCUAUGCACCUCAUCGAGACUCUCACUAAUGCACUUAUGGCACUAUCCAGCAUCAGUGCUGAAACCUGGACGGCAUCUGUGUCGUCUAUUGUGUCGAGACUGAAUGAGAAUGGGAAUGUGAGAGAGUGGGUUGAGCUGCUCCUCUUGAUUCUCAUGAAUGAGUUGUUAGGUUUUCUCGGAUCACGUAUCAGAAGGGCUAGAACAACCGUCCAGACUGAAGCCAAGACUGAGGUUGAACCUGACUCAGUGUCGGAGGCUUCAGAAGAGGAGGCAUCAUCGGACGAUUUAGAGGAGGAGUCUGUUUCUGACCAGAAACAAGAAACUGAACCAAAGCCUGCUCAAUCAAAGCCUGCUCUUGAACCGAUCUCUGUAUCGAAAUGGAAGCUUGAGUCCAUCCCCGAACAUGAGGAGUUGUCUCUGCCCGAGAAAAAUCAUGUAUCGGAAAAGAAAUUUGAACAAACGGCUGAGUCUGAGCAGAAAUCGGAGCCAACAGAGGGCUCCACCCCUGACCAAACAUCUAUAUCCGUACAGGGAGUUACUGGUGAUCAAGAUUCUGAACAUGGAUGGCAGCAACCUAUGUCUGAUCCAAAAAUUGGGGGCUAUGAAAAACUUGAACCUGAGCAGAAGAUUACGUCUGAUGAUGAACUUGUGUCUGAAACCAGGAAUGAGCCUGAUAGCGAGAGCCAAGACAGCAUCAACAGCGAAAGCCAGAAAGAAGCUUUAGCCAAACACACUUCAACCGGAUGUCAGCACCAGCAGGAAGAACCAAGUGUUCGACAGACCGGCGGCUCAGACGCAGAUAAUGCUGGCGCAAUAAGUCUUCGCCCUCCAGACUUCGUUUCUCACUACUUGCCCUCGCCUCCGUCCCCGACAUCGAGUAUGCCCCCGCUUCUACCUUUAGAUGAGCUACCGCCUGAGCUCCUCCGAUUGCCUCUGAUGAACGAACACAAUCUUACGACUGGUCAAAGCGGCCGUGGCCUUAAUAUUCAGAUCGAUAACCUCUCAAACCUCACUCCCAACGCCAAAUACGAGGUCAGGGAGCCCAUCACGAAUGCGUUCCAGGUACGCUUCAUUAACGAACGUGUUGGCUGGGGUUUGUUUGCCACACAGGACAUUCCCGCUGGGUCUGUCGUCCUUGCGGAUAAGCUCAUGUCUGUAUGGUCGCGUGAGGAAAAGGCUUGCAAGACCCCCCAUGACACUCACGUAAUGCUUGAACGCAAGUCGACGGCGAUGGGCACGGAUUGGUAUAGAACAUUCCUCCUGAUGGCAAGGUCAAGAAUGACCGGAAAGAAAAGGCCAACAGCCCGUGAGCGAAGGCUUGGUGUUCUGACAGCUAAUUGGGAACACUACCAUUUGCCUAUAUCCUGGGAAGGGAGGGUUGGCGGUAUUAUGGGCCUGAACCUGGCUUGGGUGAACCAUGCGUGCAUUCCAAACUGCACUUUAUCGCUUUCUACUGAGUAUGGUACGGAUGAGAAUGGGCAGGUACGAUGGGAUAAGAAGCCAAAACUUGGAAAGGCAAUUAUUCGCGCUUGUUCAGGCAUUCGAACCGGCGAGGAGAUUACUAUCCCGUACAUGCAAACAGGAGGAACAGCAAAGAUGAGAAAGAAGAAUACAAUGCAGCGAUUCGGCUUUCGCUGUCACUGUCGGUCCUGCAAGAUGCCGGAUUGUAAUGCCGACAAAAUGCUGUCCAAAUACCAUCGUCUCGUAAAUGGGAUCUACAACCCGGGCAACAUAGCCGACAAACCAGCUGUUACACUCCAGGCUGCGGCCGCACUGACCGGUCAGGCUCAAUAUGUGAGGACGAACGACCCCCGGCUCGUCAAUAUCUGGGUCAACUGUGCUCUUAUCGCGGGCCAUCAUUCUGACCUAGCUAGAGCGCGCUGCUUCCUCAAACAGGCAAGAGAGCUAGCGAUAAUUUCAGAAGGACCGGGGAGCAAAUUGCAACGUCGGAUUUCGAAAUGGCAAGAGUGCAUGACGAUGAUGCCGGGAUUCGGAGCCACAAACAGGGGUCUCAGUACUCCUAUGGAGGCAGGUCCAAUUUUGAAAGAAGACGAUGAAUACGACAGGAGAAUUUUGUUCAUGCUGGAUGCGAAGCCGAGUGGAUACUUGCGGGUGUCUUGUUAUCGUCUUCGCCCUGGCGGUAAUGGAACUGAACAACAAUGGGAUAUCGUCGACGGACCGGAUCCCGCGCCGCCGAAGCUCAACAUCGACGCUAUGUCGCCUUCGGGUGUGUGCCGCGACCCGGGCUGUUAUCGGUCUGUCAUGAGGAUAAAGCAGAUGGAGCAGAGACGUCGAGAGGAUCGUGAGCACCGCAGACAUAACAAACGACAAGCGGACUCCGGCUGUAUGGACCCUGAGAAGGAUUUUGUGGCGAUUCUUUUCGAGUUAUUUUAUGAAGAAUUCGCUCCCCAAAUGAAAUCACGGAAAAGGUUCCGCCGGAAUAAGCUUAAUACCUAUGAAAUGGUAUCCGAAAUAAUGGAUGGUCUCCACAAAUGUUUUGGAAUAGGGUGCAAGGGAGAAAACUGCACGUACUGUCAUCAUGGUGAGGUUUUACCUGGCCCAUGCGAAUGCGACGACGAACAUGCGGAACAGAACCAGGGAGUCCAGGUGCAGGACAACCCCGAGAGGGUAGAGGGAAAGAAGAAAAAGAAGGGAAAGAAGAAGGGAAAGCAGAAGGUCGACGCAGACCCCGUAGUACAGGACGUUGGGGCUGAGAGGAAGGUGAAAGUGGUGGAGGGCGUUGGUUGCUGCCAUGCAGGAGUUGCUCUUGAGUCUUUUUCUUCUUGA